AUGAUGCAGGCGGAAUAUUACCCAAAACAAAACGUAGUGUCCCUGAGCAUCGAACUGAGCAGCUGGGCCAAGGCGUUCCUUACCGAUUUACGAAUAUCAAAGAAUCUCCUCAGUUGCACCAAGGCGUCUAUCAUAAUUAAGAAAAAAAAACAAAUUCGAAAUUUCCAUUUGUAUAAAAUUAAACUGAGACUACUAUAUGACAGUUCCUCCAACCGUCCUGACGUUUCAGUUGAAGGAGAAAAGUUGAGGCCAAGGAGUUCACCCCUGGAUGAUCCCCCAGGCGGAAAGGAGACCCGAUGUGACUCCCCCCUCGCACAUGGGAAGGGCAGCUUCUGCAAUACAUACACUAAUACAAAGGGAGGAAAUAAAAACAGUGUUAUUUACAAUGAGGAAAACGAAGUCAGGACGAGUAGUAGAAAGGCAACAAAUUUUGAAAGAAAUGAUGGAAAGGGGGGGAUGAAUGGAGUCGAAUGGGAAGGCCUGAAUGGGAACAGACCCGUUCCACUGUGUACGAAACAGGAGGAUGAAGCCAAAAGGGGCGCGGAAUGCACACCGAUGAUACAAAAUGCAAAGAUAAAAUCGAUUCACUUUAUGCUAAAGGAAAGGCUGAUUAUAUACGUCCUCCUAGACCUAAUCGUAGUCAGAAAAAAAAACGACUUUGUUCAGUCCACCAUAAACAAAGAAUUACACUACAUGUUAAAGAUGGGAAGAAAUGUCCUUCAAUGCAAAUGGUGCAGUAAAGACGUUAUCAUAUGCGAAGGUGUUAAUUUUAUUUUGCCCAACCUGUACUUAAACACGGCUGAUUUUUUGGAGCACGCGUUUUGCGAAGAAUGUACCACCAUCUCCUUUGAUGGGUUAAAAGAUGUUGACCGAAAUAUUUUCCUCUUCCCCAACUGUUUGUUUUUUCAUUUCAGCUUAGUAAAAGAGAGUCACCUAGCUAUUAAGACAGAUUCCUUGCACCACUUUCGCUUUUUACUUUUUUGUAAUUUUUGCUACAACUCUCUUGGAUAUUUAGAAAACCAAAGAAACCAUACGUAUUCCAAUUACAAAAAAAAAAAAAUGAGUGAUAACCUUAAAGAUAUUUUUCUGGGUUCAAUUCACGAGGGGGACCAAGGGAGGUACACACAGCUAAACAGGGCCACUAUGACGUUGCGCUGUGGUGAUCUUCCACCUAUACACUUUAAUGAAGAGAGAGAAAAUUUGAUCCAUCAUUUGGACGUUACCCCAGAGGAGAAGCAGCAUGACGGGACGGAAGCGAAUGGUGUACUCCUUUCUGAGGAAAAUUUCCAUGAGGAGAGAAAGCAUACAGGGAAGAAGGGUACCCAAAAUGACAGCAACGUUGAUCUUAGAGCAGAUCACAGUGGAGGAAGUAUCAACCCCUGUGGGGAGAUGACCCCCAAGAUGUACCUACUUAAACACAAAAUAAAAAUGACAUUAAAUGGGGAAAAUAUCUUCAAAAAUUACAACCAUGUACUUUUCCUAAACGAGUAUAUGCACUAUAAAUGUGAAAAAAAAAACACAACACUUUUUUAUUUAAGGAGUAAUCAAAAAAGGAAAAUAAUCGAAGUGAGGAUAUUCAUAAGGACGCUUUAUAUUUGUAAAAUUGGGGAUGACACGGAAGAUCUUUCUAAUUUUUUAGGUCUCCAAAAAGUGAUGAAAAUAUUUUUUUGCACAAAAGGAGAAUCUGAAUUGAAGUUCGCUAAUUCGGAAACUAUUGACCUUUCGAGGGAGCUCUACGAGGAUGUAUUAAAAAUGUUGGUCGCGUAUUCCUUCCAAGGGUGUGCCCCCGGAGCGAAGCUCUUCUCAUAUCUGCACCUGGUCCAUUAG